AUCGAGGGAAAGAAGCUCCCGCUAGAAUCAAAGCCGCCCCCCUCUUUCCUGUAGUGUACUAAGGGCUUAGUGUCGGACGACCGAUUAGGUACCAACUGGCGCAGGCUCCACCCAACGACAGACUUAUCAAACUUGAGACGCUGCGACAGGCGCUAAGAAAAUACUUAGCAGCUAAUCGCUCAGUCAGCUUCUUAGGUUCACUCGAGUGACCGGAUCUUCUGUUAGCAACGGGUUCGUUGCCUACCAGUACGAGCAGUCACCCACGCACGAUCCGGCUACUCCCCGCCACUACGCCAGCCGCUCCCCCAACUUUCUCCUCGCGGGCUUAUAGACGGUCAUCUCUCGGUUAGUUUCUGAGCCGUCGUAGGUCGGUAGGCUAUCCGGGUGGCCAUGGCUGAUUGUCGCCAGCAGAAUCGACCGCGGAGUCGUUUUACACCUUCAACCACAUCCUCAUCGUCAUCCUCCUCGUUCUCGACAUCGUGUCGGAUAGUAAUCGCUUUAGCUCUCGCAUUAGCCGUGCUCUUUCUCUUCGCCAUUCCCGCGUCCGCUCCGUCCACCACCGAAGGCAACACCGCCGCAGCCGCCGCCGCCGUGAGCGCUCGAGCUGUGGAGAAUGGCGCACGCAAUGGGAGAGGAAACCCGCGCGCACUGGUAUCUAUACGGGUUAGAUUAGCUGCGCAAGAAAGCCCCAUAAAGUCGACUACUAGGAAAAAGGACGGGUACUCUGUGACCUCGCCGAAAAAGUCGCCGCCAAAAUCGCCACUGAAAUCGCCACCGAAAUCACCGCCAAACUCGCCAAGGUUUUUUCACGAAAGGAGCGCGGAGAGAAUCUCGCCGCCUCCAAGCAGCAUUCGCUCCCGCGAGACCAUCUCGCUCCUCUACGCUGCGCUGCUCAAACGCGCGCGGACGCCGCCAGCGCCGCCGGUUCCGCCGGCCCUGCCCAGUCCGACUCAGAGUCCCAAGCUCGGCAGCAGAUUAAUCGCCGCUGUGAAAAAGUCCCCUUCGCCGCCCAAGAAGACGACGGCGCGCUCCCCGCCGAAGAAAACGACGAAUUCUCCGCCGAAAAGCCCCGCGAAAAGCCCCGCAAACGUGUCCAAAUUUCCCCCCAAGAGCGGAGUUUCCCCUCCCAAGCGCGGGACUUCCCCCCCGAAGAAGCGCUCGCCGAUCCUCCCCAAGAAGCGCUCCCCCCCGCCGCCUUCCACUUCCCCGCCCAAGCGCAAAAGCCCCAAGCCUUCCCCCACUAAGAAGUCUCCCCCGAAACGGUCCCCUCCGCCUCCCCCGAAAUCCCCCCCGAAGGUUUCUCCCCCCAAGCGGCGCAAGCCGAAUUCAGUGCAGAAGUCCCCGCCUCCGCCUCCGCCUUCGCCGUCUCCGCCCCAGGGGAGCGGGGGGAGCGGGGGGAGCGGGGGGAGCGGGGGGGUGGACCUGGGGAACGCGCAGAAGGUGCUGACGACGCUCCAGCCGUACAUGGAUGAUCCGCAGUUCAUGAUGUUCGCCAUCAACGGAGGCCUCCUCACCCUUCUAGGCAAAGCACUUAACUCCACUGAGAAGGUCACCUUCUUCGUUCCCAACCCGGACACGAUUAAAGACCUCCCAUCAACGUCGCCGCUGAUCAACGACCCUGACAUCGCCACGGCGGUGGUGAACUUCCACGUGGUGCGGGGGAGGCAAGUGACCUACACGGACCUGACCCAAGACGGCACGGGGACUCUGUACCCCACGGACCAGCACGAGCCACUAGUGAAGGACGCCGCUAGCUUCCUCUUCCAAGUCGUGCUGCGACCAACCAAAGGGCCAUCGAGGGCUACCAUCACCAUGCCCAAUGCAUACACGGACGAAUACAUGCAGGUGCACGUCCUGGACUCCUUGCUCAUCCCAGACUCCGUCUACUUCUCCCCACCAGCAGCACCAGUGCCAGCAGAAAAGCAACCGCCCCCCGUUGCAGCACCCAUCCCUCCUCCUAGCAGUACUCCAAACACAACACUUCCAUCGCCAACCCUUGCCAGCACACCAUACCUGUCUCCCCCCCUCCCUGCUCCCUCAAAAUCGUCCCUUGCAUCUGCCACGGAUCCACCGGUGCUCCCUCCACCAAGCUCCAAGUCGUCACCGCCUGAUCCCAUGUGACAUGUUGGUUGUGACAUGCUGUUCCAUGUUGCGCACUUUGACACUAUACAAUGUAACAUGUGCCAAAUGUUCAUACUAAUAAUGCUCGUUUUAUGGU